AUGGGUGCCACCACAUGCAACCAAACCUGGAAUCUCCCCUGCAGCAGUCCUCUAGGCUGUGGUAGCAGCAGUAGUGGCGGCUGCAUUGGCAGUUACAACUGCAGCUUUGGGGGCAACGUCACCAGAUUAUCAGAAGACCAAAGUUUGACCCAAUCUUAUGGAAUUUGUGAUUCUUCAUUGCUUUCCCUCAUGAUAUUCUUUUCCUCGUGUGCAGGGUACCCACUACUCACACCCAGUCUGAUCUCCCAGUGGGGACAAGCGGAGGAACUGCAGACAGUGAAGACAGAACUUAUCCAGGGCAUCUGUACGGAGCAGCACCAGGAAGGUUUUGAGUCUCUACUUAAUACUAAGGAAUUAGUUGCUCUUCAAGAUAACAAUGGAGAAAAAAUAUCCAAUGAACAGAGAAUAGUGCGAUUCAAAAGAAAUGGUUCCUGCUCCUCUAUUUCACAUGAAAACCAGGAGUUCCAUGGUGUGGAUGAUUGGAACAAAAGCCAUGAGAAAGGUUUAAGUCAAGUGGUAGAGAACAUCUGUGAAUACAAUGAAGAAAAUCAAUGUGGACAAAUUUCAAAUCUUAUGCCCCAGAGAACUACUGAAGUCAAAUCCUUUGAAUGCUAUGAGUGUGGAAAGUCCUUCCUGUUUCAUUCAUCACUUAAGAAUCACACCAGAUCUCAUGCUGGAAACAAACCCUAUCAGUGUAAGGAAUGUGGGAAAGCCUUCCAUUUUCUUGGUGGUUUUAAGAAGCAUAUGAAAACUCCUACUGAAGAAAAACCAUAUGAAUGUAAGGAAUGUAUAAAGGCCUUCAGUUGUUCCUCCCUGUUCAGAGCACAUAUGAAAAUUCAUAGUGAAAAGGCAAAGUAUGAAUGUAAGGAAUGUGGGAAAACCUUCAGUAGUUCUUCCCACCUCACAGAACACAAAAGAAUUCACAGUGGAGAUAAGCCCUAUGAAUGUAAGGAAUGUGGGGAGGCCUUUAGUUGUUCCUCAUCACUUUCCAAACACAAAAGAAUUCAUAGUGGAGAUAAGCCAUAUGAAUGUAAGGAAUGUGGGAAGGCCUUUAGCUCUUCCUCUCAUCUUAAAAGACAUAUAAGAAUUCACACAGGAGAGAAGCCCUAUGAAUGUAAAGAGUGUGGGAAGGCCUUUAGUGACUCCUCAAAACUCACUAUACAUGUGAGGACACACACCGGAGAGAAACCCUAUAAAUGUAAGGAAUGUGGGAAAGCCUACUAUUGCCCCUCCUCCUUAAGUAUCCACUUGAGAAAACACACUGGACAGAAACCUUAUGAAUGUCUGGAAUGUGGAAAAGCCUUCUGUCUUCCCACUUUCCUGAACACAUAUGUGAACAAUCAAAGUAGAGAGAAACCCUAUGAAUGUAAGGAAUGUGGGAAGGCCUUCAGUUGUCCCUCAUCCUUUAAAGCACACGUGAGAGAUCACAAUGGUAAGGUGCAAUAUGAAUGUAAGGAGUGUGGGAAGGCCUAUCGUCAUUCCUCAUCCCUCACUGAACACCUAAGAACUCACAGUGGAGAAAAGCCUUAUGAGUGUAAGGAAUGUGGGAAGGCCUUCAUUAGUUCUUCCUAUCUUACA